AUGGCUCGUGGCAACCCUGAAAUAUCAGACAUUUAUACUGAACAUUCCUUGCCUGUGAAUGUUGCAAAAUAUUCUCCUAGUGGUUUCUAUAUAGCAUCUGGGGAUCAGUCUGGUAAAGUUCGUAUUUGGGACACAGUUAACAAAGAGCAUAUUCUUAAAAAUGAGUUUCAUCCAUUUGGGGGGCCAAUUAAAGAUAUUGCAUGGUCCCCUGACAACCAAAGAAUGGUUGUUGUUGGAGAAGGCAGAGAACGUUUUGGUCAUGUUUUCAUGUCAGAAACUGGUACUUCUGUGGGAGAAAUUUCAGGGCAGUCUAAACCCAUAAAUUCAUGUGACUUUAAACCAAAUCGACCUUUUAGAAUAAUCACAGGUUCUGAGGAUAAUACGAUUGCUGUUUUUGAAGGACCUCCUUUUAAAUUUAAGAUGACUAAACAGGAUCAUACUCGUUUUGUACAAGCUGUACGGUAUUCCCCAAGUGGUAAUUUAUUUGCAUCGGCUGGUUUUGAUGGGAAAGUGUUCUUAUAUGAUGGAAAUACAUCAGAAUUAAUUGGAGAAGUGGGUAGUCCUGCCCAUAAUGGAGGUGUUUAUGGGGUUGCUUGGAGUCCUGAUGGUAAACAACUACUUACUGCUAGUGGGGACAAAACUUCCCGUUUAUGGGACGUAGAAACUAGACAAAUGGUGUCUGAAUUUAUUAUGGGAAGCACUGUAGAAGAUCAACAGGUGUCAUGUUUAUGGCAAGGUCCCCAUUUACUUUCGGUAUCACUUAGUGGAUUUAUUAAUUAUUUAGAUAUCAAUAACCCCGAGAAACCUCUGCGUAUAGUUAAAGGUCACAAUAAACCCAUUACUGUUUUGACUUUAAGUGAAGACCGUAGCACGAUAUUUACAGGGUCCCACGAUGGAUACAUUACCAGGUGGAAUGCAAGUACAGGGGAAAAUGAAAGAAUUGAAGGGCAAGGACACGGAAACCAAAUAAAUGGUAUGAGAGCCUUGGGUAGUUCACUCUUUACAUGUGGUAUUGAUGACUGCCUUAAACAAGUCGAUAUUGAAGGAAACGUUUAUACUUCGGAUAAUUUAAAAUUAGGAGCUCAGCCUCGGGGCAUGGACGUGUCGAAAGAGAACAACCUGCUUAUAGUAGGCACUAUUCGUGAGCUGAUUGUUGUUCAAGAAUGUCGAAAAGUCAGUAGUGUUGCUAUAAAAUAUGAACCGACAAGUGUUAGUAUAUCACAGUCAAAUCAGGUGGCCGUUGGUAGCGCUUCUGACAAUAAAGUUUAUAUUUAUGAGCUUGAAGGGAAAUCUUUGACUUUCAAGACUGAAUUGGUGCACUUGGGACCGGUCACCGACGUGGCCUAUUCUCCAGAUGAUAAAUAUCUUGUUGCUUGUGAUGCCAAUAGAAAAGUCAUUUUGUACAGUGUUCCUGAAUAUCAGCUGGCUCAUAAUAAAGAAUGGGGAUUCCACAAUGCCCGUGUAAACUGCGUAGCAUGGUCACCGAAUUCUCUACUAGUAGCAAGUGGGUCCUUAGACACAAACAUUAUCAUUUGGUCUGUUGAAAAACCUGCUAAGCAUCUUACUAUCAAAAAUGCCCAUGCUCAAAAUCAAAUAACAAGACUGUCAUGGCUGGAUGACCAGACUUUGGUAUCUGUUGGUCAGGACGCAAACACAAAGUUGUGGACUGUAUCACCUCCUUAAGGAGUUUUUCGAGUGCUUUUAAACUAUUGGGCCUUGCAUUUUAUCUGUUGUUUAGAGCAUUUAAUUAAAAAGAACAAAGAAAAAUUUUAUGUUGUAUUACAACUAUUAAGUAUGCAGUGCAUGCAUAUUAUUAUAUGUUUAUUUUGAGUGUAGAUGAUAUGGAUUGUAUUUAUUGGUAUAACAGUUUUGUUAAAAGUUAUUUUGCAGCACAAAUUGUAGCGCUAUUUAUAUAGAAAGCUGAAGGGCCAAUAGGCCUGAGACUAUUUUUGUUGUACUUAUUAUUAUUUAAUUUAUUAUCGUCAUCUUCAUCCUCAGUUUGUUUAACCUCCGUUUGUGCCCUAUAGGUCAAUAUUCUUGCCCGUUUUUGUAAAUAUAUGAAAAGUAAUUUUUGGAAUGUUUCAAAUUCACUUUGUGUCCGAAUAAUCAAAUGUAUCUUGACUCAUUUUAUUUCAAAUAAAUUUAUCAUUUUUAA